CUAGCGCUCAAAAUAUACGUUAUCUAGGAAUUUAACGACUCUAAGUAGGUGGGACUUCCUCUCAAUUCUUGCAUCGAGGCCUCCGUUGAAGGGCACAGUCAGGAUUCACACAAGCUAGUCUUCUCCAAGGUCUUGGACUCGCAACCAUCAUGGGAGGUCAUGACGCAGGAUCCCAGCACCAGUUUACUGGGUUUGCCAAGUAUUUCAAUUCGUACACCAUGGUCGGCAGGAGAAAUUGCGUUUUGGCCACAUACGCCGGCAUAGCAGCAAUUGUCCUUUUCUUCAAAUUAAAGCCAAAGAAACAAGCCGCAGUCACUGAAAAGUAACAUGUACAAUUUUAUGUCUACCUGCUAAUAGUGGAGAAGCGUGUGCUUGGAAUGAACUCUUUCUUUGUCCUAUGUAAACAAUAAAGACCAUUUAUGCCCAAAACAUGAAAAACCACGUUUAUUUACAUGUUUAGCUAUAAAAGAACUAUUAUA